AUGUCCUACGGUAAGCUCGAGUUCAAGGGUUUCGGGCUCGUCUACUACGGCGAGUCGCGCGUGUUGGCACGGCGCAGCAAUGGCCAAGUCGCAUUCGAUGUGGCGAUGGACCACAAUGUGCUCUACGUCCAGACAGUCGCAGCGGCUCGCGACCCACGAGCUCCUAGCGACGUGCUCAAGGCGAUCCUGACGAUCCAGGCAGAUCCGGAAGAACCCGAGUCGGACACGCAAAGCGGCUCGCUGCUGCACUUCCAUUAA